UUAAGAUAAACAUAAACACAACCUGGUUACAUCAAACCUAGUUUCCGCAAACCUAAAUAAAUGGAUGUGUGAUAUUGUUUUUAAGUCCUAUAGUAAUUGUGAUAGUAUAAUAGACAUCUCCCUAAAGAUUUCAUCUUUUCCAUUUGGCAUCAAAAAAAAGUUGAGUUAACAAGUAUGCUUUGCAUUUAAUAUUAAGCAUCAAAAUGGGUCAAUGUUGUACAUGAGAGAGUAUAGUUUAAAAGCAUCAAAAUGGGUCAACGUUGUACACAUAUCAAAAAAUAUGAAAGCACUGUUUUUAGCCAAACGUUUAAAUUAAAGUUUAGUGAUAGUGUUGGAGUAGAUUGGAGAACUCUUGGUCGUUGGUUAAAUGUUGAAGAAAACUAUUUAGACAUGAUUGAUCAAGACAAUGCUAAAACUAAUGCAAAAGCUUAUUCAUUGUUAACUAAAUGGAUACAAAGGAACCACAAUCCUACACUUGAUGAAUUAAAAAAUGCUUUAACAAAAAUGAAUAGAAUGGAUCUUAUAAGAAAAGUAGACGAAUUCACAAUUAAUUUGCAAGAUCCUACUGACAAUGAAUUACUUAAUAUGCAUGCAUCACACACUUAUUUGGAGUCUAGUAGAUUAUCAUCAGUUUAUGUAUAUAAUAAAAAUUCAAAAACAGAAGAUUCUUCAAAUCCACCUGUUGCUAGCAGAGUUCGUGUCAAUAAAGAUAUAUCAGAGAUAUGCACAACACUAAAAAAUUAUUAUCUUAAAUAUUAUGGUAAAAUAAAUGAACUUCAACCUCUAUUAAAAGCACCUGCUAAUGUUAGUCUAAUACAAAAAUUUGUUGAUCUAUGUAUUGUUGAUGCACAUAAUGUUCAAAUGGAUGUUGUUUGUAGUGUUGAACGAAAGAAAUUUCUUGAAAAGCAAAUGAGUUAUACACCAAUUCCAUAUAGUGAAAUAUUUAUGAACGAAAAAUCUGUAAUAUUGAUAUCUGGAAUAGCUGGCAUUGGAAAAACAUGGUUGCUCAGAAAGUGUUUGCUUGAUUGGUCAAAUAAUUUAAUUUGGAAUAACGUUGAACUUGUAUUUUAUUUGGAAUGUAGGAGGCUUAAUCAAUAUCAAAAUAUUUCGAAUAUUAAUGAAUUACUAAAUGUUUUUUACAAAGUUCUUCCAAAUGAUUUUGAUAUUAGUAAGCAUGCUACAUUGUUUAUAAUUGAUGGAUUAGAUGAAUUUAAAUAUUUAAAUGAAUUACUAAAUCCAAAUUCAGAUUGCACCUAUCCAAUUGUUAAUGCUUUAGCAGAAAUUCAAAGUUAUAAACAUGUAGUUGCUGGUAGAGUUUAUGCAAUUGAUAAAUACCAAAAUAUAUAUACAGAGCAUAUUGAUAAGUUAACCAUUCAAAUAAUGGGCUUCAACCAAAAUGGAGUUGAAAAUUAUGUAGAAAAUCAUGUUAUAGAAGAAAAAAAAGAAAUUGUUAAAGCAACUUUAAAGGAGUCUCCAAUUGCAAAAGUUAUGGCAUCUGUUCCAUUUUAUUUAUCUUCCAUGUGUAAAAUUAUUAGUGAUUCAAGCAAAAUAUAUACAUCUUCUCUCUUAACAAUGACAGAAUUGUAUGCAAAUAUUUUUUUAUACUUUUUGCAAAAACACAUUAUCAAAAACAAUGGAUUGGUUUAUGAAAUGAUGGCAAAUGAAAAUAAUAAGAAAUAUGUAUUAACUAUUUGUAGGAUAGCUUUUGAAUUGUUUAUUGAAAAUAAAUUUAUUUUUUCAAAAGAAGAAGUUUUACUAUUUAUCAAUAACUUUAAUGAAGUUGAUGAAAGUCUUUUUGGUUUUAUUGAAAGGGUUGAAACACAUCUUGGUUAUUUUUACCAAUUCGCACAUUUGACAGUGAUGGAGUUUUGUGCAUCUGUAUAUGCAUACAAUUGUUUAAGCAUUGAACAGAUUAUGGCCAAUAUAAAGUUGAGGAGUUGUUUAUCAAUGAUUUGUGGAUUAAGCAAUAAAAACCAAAAUAUUUUAAUAAUGUUUCUUGUUAACCUGAAUCCUACUAGAAAAUUAAAAGAGGAGUCUUCACUUUUGUUUUCUAUUUUGGAUCGUCUAUCUAAAAAUAUUUUUUCUACUGAUGGUUUUAAAUUUUUCUGCGAAUGUUUUUAUGAAAGUCAAUCAUCAUUUACAGAUAAAAUCAAAUCAAUUGUUGAUGUACAAAGGUCUGCUUUAAGGAUUUGGAUUAACGAUGGAAAAUCUUCUUACGCAACUUCUUGCGAUAAUUAUUUCGUAAAUUAUUAUACAAAAUCUGGAAGAAAGUUAUGGUCGUUAAAUGUUCAUAAAAAUGUUUUAUGUGAUGAAGAAAAAAAUCUUUUAAUUCGAUGUUCAACCAAUGUUCGCUGUGUCAGCUUUGAUCGUCCAAUUAAUUUUGAAGGAUGGAAACCGAAAGAUAAAAUUGAAGAGUUGUAUAUAUGGAUCUCAGAUUAUAUAAUAACAAAAAAAGAUUUUGAAGAAAACUUUUUUCCUUGGAUUAUUCUUUGUGAAGAAUUAAAUCUUCAACUUCACGACGACAUUGAUUUCAUUAAAGACAUUUCUGAAUGGAUUCGUUGUUCGAACAUCAAGAAGUUUGUAAUCGAGUACCGUGGAAAAGACUUUCGUAACCUCGAUGAAUUAACUUUAUAACGCAAAAAAAUGUUUAAUAUUUUAAAUAUAUAAAAUAAAAAAAAUAGUUAUAUAAUAAUAAAUAAAAUAUUUAAAGUUUUUUUUAUA